AUGGCGACUACGACAGCAACGGCGAUCCAGAGCAGUCGCCCUCCCAUCCUCCCUAAGGAUUUCUCCGCACAGCAGCCGGAGACCAUCCGCUUAUACCCCUUGAGUAACUACACAUUCGGCACCAAGGAGACUCAACCCGAGGAGGAUCCGUCAGUGCUGGCUCGCUUAAAGCGCCUGGAGGAGCACUAUGACCAGCACGGGAUGCGCCGUACCUGCGAGGGUGUCCUCGUCUGCCAUGAACACAAUCACCCACACGUCCUGAUGCUGCAGAUUGCCAAUGCAUUCUUCAAGCUGCCCGGUGAUUAUCUCCCCCACGACGACGACGAGAUCGACGGUUUCAAGAAGCGCCUGAACGAGCGACUGGCUCCUGUUGGCUCGCAGUUCUCGGGCGAGGGUGUCAACGAGGAUUGGGAGAUUGGCGACACAUUGGCUCAAUGGUGGCGACCGAACUUUGAGACGUUCAUGUACCCAUUUCUGCCAGGCCAUGUCACACGGCCGAAGGAGUGCAAGAAGCUAUAUUUCAUCACGCUACCGAAGAAGAAGGUUCUUUCCGUUCCGAAGAACAUGAAACUGCUGGCGGUCCCGCUGUUCGAACUGUACGACAACACCGCCCGCUAUGGUCCCCAGCUCUCCGCGAUCCCGCAUUUGCUCUCGCGGUACAACUUCGAGUUUGUCGAUGAGAAUGACAAUGUGGUGGCUGUCACCCCGGGCACGCCGCUGGCGGAGGACCAGAUCCCGCGCACUAAGGUGCUGGCGGGUGGGGAUGAUGGACAGGAUACGGGCAUGACGGAUAUCGGGGAGGGGGAGAAAGGGCCUGAAGUGCAGUAG